AUGCGAAAGCCGAAACACUCUGAUCUUUCCCGACCCGCCGAGAUCCCCGAAUCCCGCAAGAUGGACAAGCAGACCAAAUCCGCCCAGGACAACCGAACGAACCAGCUGAACCCGAACCACGAGAAGUCGGGUCCCGGUCACGCCGCGGGCUACCACGGCGCGGGGACGAAGCCGGACCUGGACAACCACGGCAACCAGCUCAACCCCAACCACGAGGAGUUCAAGGGGAAGAAGUAG